UACAAUUAUUAAGUUAAGUUAUACUCUUUCUUUUGACAAAAUUUUCGUUCGACUCCUUUCCCUUUCAAACCAUAAAAAACAUAUUUAUUACACUGACGAUUAAUCACUUAGUAUAAUCAACACAACUUAAUCAAAUUCAUGAAACGAAAGAACACUAAGUUCCUAGCUUCACGUUGUUAAAUCGAAAACGGUGUAACUAGCGUCGCACUUUUUACAGCGGCACGGUAUUAUUUAGGAUAGAUAUUAGCCUAAAACGGUAUGGAAAGUCUCAAUUGCCCUGGCCUGCGGUAAAUGAGGCCAGCUCCAUCCAUACGACGGCGUUCUAAUUUACACGACAGCCUCCUUUGGCGUUUUGAGAAACACGCUAUAAGCCUUCACCGUCUACUUCGAUCAGAUUUCGGAACCCAACUUCGAUUAGGGUUUAGUGUUUGCGAAGAGGAAGGUGAAGUAACAGAGGAACACUGAAGGAGUCGUCCAGCUCGCCGGCGUUGAGUCUGCGAUGGAGGCCGAGAACCAGAUUCAGGUCGACCUCGGCCAUCUACUCGCCUUCGACCCGUAUCACCACUUCGCUUCUCCACCUAAAUCCAGGGAGGAAUUGGUGACGGAAUGUUUGAGGGCGGGAACCAAACUAGUCCAAGCGAUUACUGAUGGUCUUUUCAACUUGUCUGCGACGGAAGCUAUCGAAGGUCCGCUUGUGAAGCUGCCCAAACCGACCACCAGGCUGCCCAGGGAGAAACAUUUACCGAGGCCUAAGCCUCCAACCAAAUGGGAGAUGUUUGCCAAAUCGAAAGGAAUUCAGAAACGUAAAAAGAACAAGGUCUUGUGGGAUGAACAAACUGACAGCUGGAAACGUAGUUAUGGAUAUGAUCGUGUCAAUGACGAUGCAGAUGUUCCUAUUAUCGAGGCCAAGAUGACUGAUGAACCUGGAAGCGAUCCUUUUGCCAAGAGGAAAGAAGAAAAGAAGAAAAGAGUUGAGAAGACGGAGAAGAAUCGUUUGCAGAAUUUAAAACAAGCUGCUAAAGUUGGUGCUUUGCCCAGCCACGUUCAGCUAGCUGCCACAGCAUUGCCUAUAACAGGAACACAAGCAGCGCCAAAGAAAAUUACAAAAGACGAACUGGGAAAUGUUGCUGGGCUUGCUGCAACAGCCACAGCCAGUGGUGGAAAGUUUGAUAAGAAGGUGGCUGGUGAAAAGGCCGUCAAACACCAAGGAAAACACCGCAAGUUCCUACCCGCCGCUGAAGGUUCAGGGAUGGGCAACCGAGAGAAGGAACAAACUGACAAAGUACUGAGCAAACUAAUGGCGAGAAAUUCGCAUGAGAUACUCAAUGUUGGCAAGGCCGUUAGCAUGUACAAUGUGAAGAAGCAGAGAGAUGGAAGGAAUCAGAAAGGGAGAUCGUCCUUCGACUCGAGUAGCAAAUUGAAACCCAAUGGGAAACCCAUGAAAGGUGAUAAGAAGUCUCCGUACCAGAAGUCUAGAAAAGGCGGCAGCCAUGGUGGUGGUGCCUCAAGGAAAGGAAAGGCUGAUUAGUAAGAGCCCAGUUAGUUCUUUAACUCCACUAUCAAGUGUCAACCCCAAUUUUGGUCAUAUGAAGUUCUGGAUUUUGUAGGUCUCUGUAUUUUCUGUCACAUUUUAUAAUAUGGCCAAUUCUGUCUUUCAACCCUGAAAUCUGAAUCCCCCCUACUCACGUGCCUCCAACAAAGUUAGUGAUUUGGUCAUCUCAUGAUUCAUAUGCUCUAUGUCAAGAACCAGUUGCUCUCAAUAACUUGAGUUGUUGGAGAGCUUCAAUCGUGGAUCAUAUACCACAACACUAACACGCUCUCUCAAAUGAAAGCCACUCACAAGGGCUUGAAAUUUGCACAAGUCUGAAGACAAGAAUAUCAUGUGCUUAACAAAUUGGGGUCACCGGGAAUCAAACACAAGACCUCUCGGUCACAGAAAGCUCUGAUACCAUGUCAAGAACUAGUUGGUCCAAUAAUUCGAGUUGUUGGAAGAGGUUCAAUCGUGGAUCAUAUAUCACAACACUAACACUCUAAUUAUCGUCUUAUGACUUAAACAAUUAGAUUAACGAAAUAAGAGAUUUUUACAGUGAUUCUUUGACACCCAAAUUCACUACAAAAUUGGUUGGCAGCAUUUACAUCCUUAAUAGUUGCUCAUUACCAAAUGAUGUAGGCACUUGAUGGAUUCGCAGAAUUUGGACAGAAAGAGUGUACCCAAAUUCCCUGGUGGAUGUGGAGCUUCAGUUUAGUCGACCACACAGUGACAGCACUACUAGUUUACUGCUUUGGUCAAGAUUAUGGGGCGGAUAUUUAAUAUCAAUAUGCAGCCUGCUUCAUGCAUGGUUUCAAAAGUUUUAUUAAUUUAUUGUAGCCUUUGCAGAAUUAUGGUAAUAUGUUUCUAACUUCAAUUCAAUGGUAAAUAAUUCGAUUCAUGUUAUUCAUUUCUUAAUUCGAUUCAAGUUAAUAGCUAGUUUUUACUAAUAAUUAACCUUUAAUAAAUAUCUCCACAUUUC